AUGUCGUUCGGCGGAGGGGCGUGGCUAUGCGCGGGUUCGGAGUUCGCGAAGCUGGAAAUGGUUGUUUUCAUCCACUCCGAAGAGCGGCGUUAUGAUAAUGAGCGUCGAGCAGGAUGGGACUAUGUUCCCUCCAACUGCAGCAGGGGGGUCGUACGAGUUCUUCGACCUUUUCCGAGAAGACAGGUUUUUGAAGCCGGCGGGAAUCGACGACGGAGAAGGGCAGACUCAGGAGAGCAUCAUGAAUGCACUUGGGUUACAGUCAUUGUUGAGUGA